UUCAGCAGCAGAAGAAUCUGGAGGGAUACGUGGGCUUCGCGAGCCUCCCGAACCAAGUGUACCGGAAGUCUGUGAAACGGGGCUUUGAGUUCACUCUCAUGGUUGUGGGAGAGUCCGGGUUGGGAAAGUCCACGCUGAUAAACUCCCUGUUCCUGACGGAUCUGUACUCCGGAGAAUACCCCGGGCCUUCGCACAGAAUCAAGAAAACUGUUCAGGUGGAGCACUCGAAGGUGCUGAUGAAGGAGGGCGGCGUCCAGCUGCUCUUCACGAUAGUGGACACUCCCGGGUUUGGAGACGCCGUGGACAACAGCAACUGCUGGCAGCCGGUCAUUGAUCACAUCGACAGCAAGUUUGAGGAUUAUCUGAACGCAGAGUCCCGUGUGAACAGACGGCAGAUGCCGGACAGCAGAGUUCACUGUUGCCUGUACUUCAUCGCACCGUCAGGGCAUGGACUGAAACCUUUGGACAUCGAGUUUAUGAAACGGUUGCAUGAGAAGGUCAACAUCAUCCCACUGAUUGCCAAAGCAGAUACUCUGACCCCCGAAGAGUGCCAACAGUUCAAGAAACAGAUUAUGCGAGAAAUCCUGGAGCACAAGAUCAAAAUCUACGAGUUUCCAGAGACGGAUGAUGAGGAAGAAAACAAGAUUGUGAAGAAAAUUAAAGAUCGGUUGCCUCUCGCUGUGGUUGGGAGCAACACUAUCAUCGAGGCGAACGGGAAGAAGGUCAGGGGACGGCAGUACCCGUGGGGCGUGGCAGAAGUGGAGAAUGGAGACCACUGUGACUUCACACUCGUAAGGAAUAUGCUCAUCAGAACGCACAUGCAGGACCUCAAGGACGUCACGAAUAACGUUCAUUACGAGAACUACAGAAGCAGAAAGCUGGCGGCCGUAACCUGUAACGGCAUCGACAACAACCGAGCCCGAGGCCAGCUCACCAAGUAAGCCCUU